GAAACAAAAGCUUUCUCAUUAGGCCAUCUGUUUUAGGCUGUCAGUCUGCACCACUUUUUCGAGUAUUUGGAAUAAAAGAAAAUGCACAUUCAUUGGAGUCCGUUAUCUGCCAGGAACAUGUCAUCCAGGUCUCACACAAGGUCGAUGCUUAUUCCCUCCCACAUUUCACAGCAAAACUCAACAAGAUGUGUGCCAACUCGCUCACUAUGCCAGCGCACACAAGCUGGGCACACUAACCGCUGGCAGCUGGCCGGUCUGUUGGGCAGUGACCUGUUAGGACAGGCACAGGUACAGAGAGCAGAGGAGUUUCCCAAUAAAUCAUCAUCACACAGGAAAAUCAAGUCAGCUGACCCCAUGGCACAGUACUGGCGAGAGGAUGCCACUAUCUGUCCAGAGUCGCCUCUGCCGCAUCUCGUUCACCCGCUCUCUGCCAACACGCACACCAGACUCUGCAAUGAUGUCACAUGCUCUACAAAGCUUGACAGUGCAGAGAAAAUUUUUUACUUUCUUUCUCGCCGAGUGGCCCAUAACGCUAAACCAGAUGCAGUACUGGAGUGUUUAGGGGGCCGGUGGGAGUUGCAUUGCUCCUUCAUCAGUAGGUCAGACACAUUAUAUGAGCUGUAUACCAACAGCAAGAGACAGAGGGAUGUUCAUCUUCAGGACAGAGCAGUCAGUAGGAAAUGCAGCAGAGCUGAAAGUUCUCCGUGUAGGACCGGGAGAGGUCUGCUCCACCAGAAGUGGAAUCUCACUGGCCCACUGACCCUCAGGCUGUCUGUCAAAGAGCCCUCCAUCACUAAAGAGGCUCUGUCAUUUGCCCUGCGGACGCUCUAUGACCCAGAGGAACGCCCUGAUGAUUGGGGAGAGGGCGUAAUCGCCACUGCUGCUCUGCUGGGCAUGUCAGACCUCUUCCACAAGUGUCUUAAAGAGAUGUUGAUGAAUAUCUCAGCUUCAACUGUGUGCAGUUUUCAUCAGGUGUCCUGUAAGUUUAAAGACACGGGUCUGCAGAGAGCUUGUGAGCGCUGGUUAGAGCUGUUCUUAGUCACCGAGCUCUGCUAUCACAUCAAACUCAAAGACUUGACCUUUGAUCUCCUGCUCAAGACUCUGUGUUCUCCAAGACUGUUUACAUGUAGUGAAUAUGAUGUGUUGAGAGCAGUGCUGUAUUGGCUUUUCCUGCAGUUAAACCCCCUUAGACAGACACUACCUUCUCAUAGCGCCAUCAUCAACUUCUUCUCCAGGGACACAAGAGUUUUCUUGGAACAGCCUCUGGGACAAAAAUACAUCGCUAUCUUCCAAGCUCUUCGCCUGCAUGGCAUUACCGAAUGGCCGCAUCUACAGGAGCUGCAAAACAUCAGAGUGUUUCCUCAAUCCUGCCUUCUGCACAUCCUGUCCAAACACUACCACACUCUUUACAGUGGGGGUGACACGGCUGUUACUGACUUCUCCAAACAAGCGGUCCGGUUCGGAAUGAUUGUGGACAGGGAACAGGAUUGCUGUACUCAGACCAUCAGCCUCUAUGGCUUUUACUUUCUUCUAAAGGCUGCUAAAGUGUGCAAAGCAGAUACAUACAGCUUCUCCAUUGAGAGGUUAAGACACUGGGACACGGCUCUGUCACAGUCUUUUAUUGUGACUCGUCCAUUCUGUAUGAGGUCUGAACGUUUAGUGUGCUAUCAGAUCACAGUGCAAAGCUACGCCAGCGGCACAUGGCAAGAGCACAGCAGUGGACCUGUCAAUCAAGAGUUUGGCUUAUGUAAACGCCGCUGUAGGAGCAAGGUACAUACACACACAUUUAAUGAGACAAUGACAACAAUACACUUCAUGACAGAUGCCUCUGGGCUAAAUUUGUGUUAUUUGUCUUUUUUAACAGUUGUUUCAAAUUGAGAAACUUUCUGCACCCAUCCUGGUGAUGUUUGCUUUGACAUUCCCAUUGUGAUGUUUAGAAUGUCUCCACUUACAUAAAACACACACACACUUACGGUCACUAAAUUAUACAUAGGUAAUGCACUUGCUUGAAAUGCACAAUUCAUUAUUGAUCCAUGCAAACUUUUCUAAAGAUAGAUGCUACUUGAUUGCCCCCAUUACAGUCAAUUAAAAUGUCUAUGGUAUGCAUGAAAAGUACAAGUACAGUGUAAAUAAAGGAUAUUUUACUCAACAAAUAUACUUUGGAUCCAGAGCAGGGCAGUACACAUACUGGUGCUGGUGAUGCAAAAAAUAUAUUAGCACACAGAAGAGUGCAGUCAAUUUCUUUUCUAUUAUUUGAUUACCGUAAACUGCACUACGGACCUUAAAGUGAUCCUGGAAUAUGUUUCAGUCACAAUUAUGCACAUUAUGCAGUAUAGAGAUCAGGCAAGAUGUAAUUAUUGAAACAUGCCUGUUGAUAUUGUAACUAAAAUAUUCCCAAAUUAAUGUAAUUGAUAUUGCAUCAAAUAAAAGCCCUUCAAUUUUAUUGGUAGCUUAACAGUCUACAGUAUUUAAUAAUUAGGGGCCAAGCACUGAAAGUGCAUAUGCACCUGUUGUAUUCAUUAGUGUUCUUCUUCUUCCGCCUUUGAAGUCUAUGGCAGCCCAUAGAAUCAUACCUAUAACUAACCCAAAUGUGAGGUCUCUAACUCAAACCUUCUAGUGCCACCAACUGUUCAAAGUUGCACAUAUGUUUAUGCUUAUUACUUUUGAACUGUAAGAAAUAGAAUCAAAAUUAUUUUUUCCUUGGAUUCCUUGGCUCAUGCAGAAUGCAGAUCGCGGUUGCAAUUUCUGCCCAACUACAUUUUACACCAUUUUACAUUUUCUGAAAAAAACUAUUUUAUCAAACUUCACCUAUGCCAGAAAUCCGAUUUGCACGAAAUUUGGUGUGUAUAAUCUAGGGACACUCGACACUCGAAAAAUGUAUCAAAAGCUUUUUGAUAGACAAAACGGUUCUUGAAUAGCACACCAACUAAUUUGAUGGCAAGUCACCAAAAAGUAUCCGUAUUUUCAUGAAACUUUGUGUGUCAUAAUGACCCAACCCUUACCUCACCAUGUAAAGUUGGUGACAGCGCCACCUAUUGGUCAAAAGUUAUAAUUAAUUGUAUUUUAAAGCUGCGUAAUUGCCAUUAUUGAUUGAGUACAUAAACAAUCAGUGUUCAAAACAGUGUCCUUACCUUACCCUGAUUCACUACUAUAAGCCUGCAAAAAUGAUUUGUAUUUUGAGCUGUCGGGUUCGAUUUGGCGUGAAAUCGCUGGCUUAUGACGUACAUCCUUGCGUCAUUACACCAUGUUUGCACACACAGGAAAGAAGUGCCGGCUGUCUCAUGUUCCGGCUGGAGAAACUAACUACACUGUUCAGCUCAGUUCAGUCACACUCACACAGUUCAGGACAUCAUCACUGCACUCUAGAUGGAUGUUUAUCUGUUAUUCAUUUGGUGAAGCUGUUUACCUGCUAUAAUGCUGGGAUAUGUUUUCUGGAAGGGUUGUAGAAGCUUAUAUUGCUUGUCAUGCUUUUAUGAAUUGAACAUUACUCGUGUGUUAACCGAUCGCAAUGUAUCUACAUUGUCCGGUGAAGUUACUGUGACAUGUUUAAUAUGUAUGACUUCUGAAAUUGACUUCUUGUUAUUGUUAUUUUUAUAUUUAAGCUUAUUAUUUACGUUUAAUAAAGUAUAUUUUA